AUGGAUAGAUACGAGAUAGUAAGGCUGGUUGGUGAGGGGAGUUUUGGGUGGGUGUAUCAGGCCAUCGACAACGACUCCCGUCAGUUUGUGGCGAUCAAACAUCUGAAGCCAGACGGCGAUCCGUGGGCAUAUGUACCGGAAGUCCGUGCUCUCACUAGGUUGGAGCACCCCAAUAUAGUGAGCUUCAAGGGUGUUGAAUACCAAGACGACGACGUCUUCUUUAUUUUUGAGUACAUGGAGGGUAGCCUUUGUGAUCUUAUUGAUGAGAGGCGGAGCAGGAGAAUCCCUUUCUCGGAGGCCGAAAUCCGAUCAUUGAGCCGUCAGGUGUUGCAAGGCCUUGAAUUCAUGCAUCACCAACGCGGGUUCAUGCACCGGGAUCUGAAGCCGGAGAAUCUUUUGGUGAACAAGGGCGACAUCAAGAUUUCGGAUCUGGGUACUGCUACGGAGAUCGACUGCGGCGGCCAAGCCCAUCAUCAUUACGUCACCACAAGGUGGUACAGAGCCCCGGAGAUGCUGUUUCGGGCCUUUGUGAAAAACGAGAGCCUUCGACCUUUUGAGUACGAUGAGAAGGUAGACCUGUGGGCGAUGGGGACGAUCAUCGCCGAGCUAUUUCUCAUGCACCCUCUCUUCGAGGGUGACGAUUCGCCGGACCAGCUCUACAGGAUAUGUGAAGUCAUCGGCGCUCCAAGUAGGGAUUCACGGACGAUGCCUAAACUUGGGCCGGAGAAUGGUGUGGGUCUUCGAGCAUUGAUGCCAUAUGCCAGUGAAUCGGCCAUCGAUCUCAUAGAGUCUCUUUGUUCUUGGGACCCUUCGAAAAGGCCUAGUGCUAAGGAAGCUCUCCAGCAUCCCUUCUUCAAGAGAGGGCAGAAUGUUGACGCUCCUCCCGGGUUCUCAUAUUGCACUCAUACAAGGAACAGUGUGGUUCCGAAGAUGAGAGAGCUAUCAACCAUGCAGCCAAUACUGGGAGCCUAUUGA